AUGAUUAGGCCGACCUUCAUCCUCGCCUGCGCCUUCGCCAUCUCUGCGCUGUUUGUGGAUGUGUCCUCCGUCGCAUACGCUGCGCCGAUUCCCACCGAGAACAGCGUAGCAUAUUCCUCCCCCGAGCCGCGUAGCUGCUCAAAGAUGGGCUGCCUCUACGUUCUCCCUGACACGGACGCCGUGAACGACGGAAAUGCAACUGCUACCGCCGCCGUCUCCCCGCCAGCAGACACGUCCUCUGCUCUUCAAGUUAUCGACCUCCUCAUCUCAGCCAUGCAAUCGGCCGCUUCGGACCUUCAUGAAUCGUCGACCGCAAUACCUGAGGUGGACUCUGACGUUCUUGCCACGGAGACGUCGGUAGAUGCUCAGGAAAAUGCUCCGGUGGUGGAGGUUAUUGAUCUCAGCGCCUGAACGAGCUCAGACGUCAAUACUUCUAUGUCGGCGAGAUGCUCUCCAGGCUUACCUACCUACGUUAUUGGAUCCUCAGCUGGAGGAGAAUAGCCCAUCACGUUCUUCCUACCCUAUGUCAUC